AUGCUGGCGGACCCAUGUUGUUCUGUAAAAUACUCUAUUGCCAUGGAAUUCGGAGGCAACUGGAGUGGCGGACAUUUCAAACUGCAAAUCGUAGCCCGUUUCGCAGCUUUCCGACAUUCAAGUAGCACAAGCCGCGAGAUAGUCUGUGUAGAGGAACGCCCUAGAGCUCAUGGUGUGGGGAGGGCUGUUGUGACUACACUUAUCAAUGACGAGGUUUCGCAGGCGAGUGGUUUCCACAUGCCCGAUCAUAUAAAUACAGAUGUUCCUCCAUUCCUAGGCCCAGAGCCGCAGCCGCCCGUUGCCCCUGAGCUGAGGGGCGUUGACACCGAAAUGGAGCACGUGACUGAUUAUCUCAGCACAACCUCCGACACUUCUAGCGACUGUGAGAACGUACCGGAAGAGCGGGCACACGAGGUAGAUGAGAUCAGGGGCUCCCUCUUUGGGGGCCCCACUACUGAGCGGUCGCCGCUCAUCUAG